GAGAACAUGAAAUCCUAUAUUUUCCCUUUGGUUUCCAUAUAGUAAUAUAUAGGUAUAAAAACAGCACUAGCCCUGUUCUCCUUAUGAUUCCUGAUGGAUAAUUGCUGGAUGCAGCAGCCUAGUUGAUGGUUUCAGAGAAUGAUCACACAGCGGCCGUUCCUUCUCAUUCUACAUAUAUCAAAGCUCACCCCUGUAGUUUCUUCUGAGAGGGCAGUACAGUUUUCUUUUUUUGGCAGCCUUGUAUGCAAACUCAUAGAUAGUACAUUACCGCUGGACUGAAGCUAAAACAUGGCCAUCGUACUUUAAGUGUGUCCCUUUUCUCUUUGUCUGGAAUUUAGUAUCCAGUAGACAUGUAUUCUGGGGAAAGAGAGUUUUGAGCCCAUGGGUCCAAAUAAAUCGCAUAAUGUAUCAAAAGAAAAGUAGCACUGGCAGAAACCCGGAGAGUAUCCACGCUGAGGCUUAUGGUAUAUACAGUACUGUCCAUGGGCAAGAUAUGCUGAUAUCCUUUAAAAUUGGCCAUCUUUACAUCAACAAAUUACAAAUGUUUAGUCUAGUCAAGGUAGAAAAACCCUCAAACACCAUGUAGACACUAAAACUCGCCACUGAAAGUCCGACUAAUUAAACUCUUCUGCGGUUAGCCGCUCUUUAGGCAUCCAAUGAUGGGGGAACCUUAGAGUAGGUCUGACUUUUCAUUGACUUGAUUCACCAAAUAUAUGAUUAAACAGUUGAAUGACUAUAAUUAAAACCACAGUAGAGAUUCAUAAAACUUACUUUCAACCUUUCAAAUUUUAGAUUUAAUGUUAUGAGUUUAAUCUAACCUCAUAGUAGGUCACAUUGUGUUUGGACCCCAAACCUAUAAUAGAAAGGGUGUCUGAUCCACAUAACAGCUGUGUGUCCUGUUAGGAGGCUGUUGAGCAAGGCACUAACACCUAUAUCGCUCCAAAUCAGUGUAGGUAAGAACUAAAUAACUAAACUAAUAAAUUAAAAGAAACAUUCUACCAAUUACAGAAGGAAUAUUACUUGCAUUUCAUUUAAUUUCUACAAAAUAAGAUAACUUUAUGACCCAUCUUACGCAUGUAGAUCUGUGAGGCACACAUGACUAUACUGUAUGUUUAACUGAUCAUGUUGCAAGUCCGUUUUGUACAAAUCUUAUGCAAGUCAAUCUGAACUCUGAAUGCAACUCCACACUAGUUACCCCAUCAAAACCAAGGGAUUCUCAAACUAUUUUCAUUUUCAUUACUUCUAAAUAUGUAGGGAUUUAUUUUCCAUUUUAAAAAUUGCAACAUUGCUGUGCUCAUUUCUCUGUAAUCUGUCUGUCAUCAGAAUAUAUAGUUUUUUAUUUAAUGUAAGGUAAAGGAAACUUAACUCCUUUUUUUUUGCCUUUACAGUUUUUUCUAAUGCAGCUAAGCCCUUAGAAAGAAUGAUUGUAAAGGGAGUUAUCAUGGAAAUACCACAGAAUGCAAACAUCCCCCUCCUUAUCCCCUCAGAGAAUCAGACAGACAUGGGGGGAAGAAAUGAAGGAUAGUGAGAAAGAGUGAGAGGUAUAGAGCAUCAAGGGAUAAUUAUGCUUAAUUACUGCUUUCUGGAUGUGGAGUCUGCAUUCAAAGAAAGUGCCUAACCAUGGGCUGUGUGACUGCAGAAACAUUUACAAGGCAGACGGCUGUGCACAGGGGGUAGUUUGAAAUAUAGAUGCUAUUGAGUGUUUAUGACAGGCAGGGAUAUAAAAGUGACUUUGAAAUUAUGAAAGGAAUGUCUCUUUGAGAUUAAAGUUGGUUGAAAGUUUAUGUCCCAGUGGUUUGAUGUCUUCUCAGUGGUAAAUAAAAUCAGUGGCUUGAAAACUAAACUUUACUUGGUAAAGAAUGCAGUGUUCAUAUUGUUUUGGACUUACAGGUAUUCUCUUACAGACAAAAGCACGCACGGUUCAUACAUACAGUUGGAUGACAGAAUAUACUGUAUAAUACAAUCCAGUACAACAACCUUAAUUAUUACUUUAGUGAAGCUUAUAAUGUGCAGUUAUUAUUGACUCUGUGCCAUAGAGCUCCAGUGUUGUUCAAAAAUGAUUAAAAGCAUGUGAGCCACACUGUUGCACUGGAUGACAUGUUCCUUGAUAGUUUAUUUUGGGUCAGUCCCACACACACCGUCCUGCUGCCUUAAAUACUCACUAGUGAGUAUUAAACCCUGACUCCCCAAUUACUCCUGUUUGAGUAGUGUUUUCAAGAAACUACAGUGCUCAGAUUUGAAGGAAAGUCAGAAAACAUUGAGAGGGACUAACACAUUGUUGGCUUUGGUCUUGACAAUAAGAAACGUAGAGAAUAACACCAGCCGUAUCCUUUAUUAAUGUCGGGACACCUUGGAUGGUUGCUUGAAAUGUAGAUGGGGUUGCAGGAAAUUUCUGAGACAGAUAUAGUAUAUUCAUUUAUCUGAUAUAUUUUCAAUUUAUGCAACCUCACCUGGACCUGGAAAAGCAGGCCGCCCUCCUGAAGACAUGGUGCCUGUAACCAGGUUGUGCUGAUGACUGACUUCUUCAAAAAAAGAAGUAACAAAAGGCCAGGUGGGUCCAUCACCGGCAAGGUGUAGGGGUCUGGUGAAUUUGCCAGCUGGGCAGCAGGUGAAGGAGGGGGUCUUGGCAUGCUGACCCCUGGGAGGAAAGGCCUGUCUGAUCUAGAGUGGUGCUGGGUUAUUGGACUUUUAAUUAACUGUGGAAAAAAACAAUUUAAGGUGUGAUAGUAAGGUGUUGUUCCACCACAAGCCACCAGAACAGCUUCAGCGCUCCUUGGCAUAGAUUCUUCAAGUCUCUCUAACUCUACUGAAAGUAUGGAACACCGUUCUUGUAGUACAUAUUCUUUCAUUUGGUUUUGGUCACGAGAAUUCUAUAUUUUUACAUUAGUAUUUUGACCCAAACAUCCACCGAUUCAUGCUACUUGUUAAACUAUAUGAACAUCAGAAAACAUACUCAGAUGUCAUGUCCAUCUGUUUUCAGCUUAAACAUCAUAGACUCUUUAAACAAAUCAGUUUGUCUGGUAAAAACAUUACUUCUCCAAAAUGUUUAAAAAUGAGAGAGAUAGGUGGUUGAAAGAAGUUGACUUGGCAGGCACAAGUUCAUUACACACUUCACACUGAUUACAAUGAUUUUUUAUGUCUGUUGUCUUUGUCAUCUCUCUCUAUGUACACUUGAGCUGAUGCUGCAAAACAAGGCCACGUGGGACUGACCAAUCAGAACGAGAGAAGACCUCUAAGGAUUUGGUGAAAGGGGCGUGCUCAACCAGGCCGGCAAACUACUGCAACACUAUGGAUACUGGAGAUUGUCCCUUCCGGAAGAAAAGGAGACCAUGGCGCAUGGACUUCUCAUCCUUCGCCCUGGUAACCGUGGCGCUCGCCAUGUGCCAAACGGCCGUGGUUCGGGCAGACCCAGUGGAUGUGUUGCGGGCUCUGCAGGUUCCCUCUCUCCCCGAGGGCGUGAAGAAAGUCCCCGGCUUCUGCACAUCCCGUCGCUCCGGCAGCCCCGAUCAUGCUUACCGCAUCACCAAGAAGGCCCAGAUCUCCGCCCCCACCAAGCAGCUCUUCUCAGGUCGAUUCCCGGAGAACUUCUCCAUCAUGGCUCUGGUUAAGGCCCAGGCUGGUCUCCAGGCCUUCCUCCUCUCCAUCUACAGCGAGCAGGGCAUCCAGCAGCUGGGCAUUGAAAUGGGACGCUCACCUGUUUUCCUGUAUGAGGACCAGAAUGGCAAGCCAGCCCCCGAGGACUACCCACUGUUCAGAGGCGUCAACCUGGCUGAUGGCAAGUGGCAUCGCAUCGCUUUCUCUGUUUCAAAGAAAAACGUGACACUGCUGCUGGACUGCAAGAAGAAGAUGACCCGUGCCCUGCCCCGCGGCAACAAUGCAGAGGUCGACACCAAUGGCAUCACAGUGUUCGGAGCCCGUCUGCUUGAUGAGGAAGUUUUCCAGGGAGACAUCCAGCAACUGCUGAUCGCCUCCAACCCCCAGGCUGCCUAUGACUUCUGUGAACACUACAGCCCUGACUGUGACUCCCCACUGCCCAAGACCCAGGCUCAGGACCCCAACACAUACAAGAAGGAGCUCAAUGGAAAAGCAGCCCCCACUAAAUCCACCCCUGUCAAAGCCAAACCCACUCCAGCUAAGCCGGCCAAGACUGGACCAUACAAACUUGUAGUCAAGUCGCCUAUGCCCACUAAAGCUCCCAAGUCUGCCACAGCCAAGCCAGCCAAAGUAAAGGCCACUGCAGUAGAUAUCCUCUUAUCUAAGGUCAAAGCAACAGCAGCAGCUAAAUCUAAGCCCACACCUGCCCCAGCUAAGAAAGGCAAUGGUAAACCAGCUGUUGAGAAGAAAGCAAAUGGUGCAGCUAAAGCCAACAGCAAUGGCAAUGGAAAAGCAGCUGUAGCAAAAACGAAUGGCAAUGGCAAAACUACAGCUGAUGCCAAGCCUACAGCUCAGGCCAAAGUGAAUGGAAAUGGCAAUAGCAAGGUUUUAGCUGAGAAGAAAGUCAAUGGUAAUGGAAAUGGAAAAACCUCAGCAGAAAAGAAAGCCAGUGGAAAUGGAAAAACCACUGUUGUGUCUAAGACUAAUGGAAAUGGCAAAGCUACAGCAGAGAAGAAAGCCAUUGGAAAUGGCAAAACUACCACAGAGGUUAAAGUAAAAGUUAAUGGCAAAGCUGAGAAUAAAGUCAAUGGUGAGGCUAAUGGCAAUGGCAAAGUUAUUACUGUGGUAGAAAAGAAAGCUGUUAGUAAUGGUGCUGCAAAUCAGGCAAAAAUUGAAACCACUACAAAAGCAAAGACUGAGAAAGUUGUUAAAGUAGAAAAGAUAGAAAAGACUGUGGUCAGUGCAGCUAAAUCAGCUGCCAAAGUGGAAGCUACUAAGGCACCUAAACCCACAAAAGCAUCAAAACCUGAACCUACAAAAACAGCAAAGGCUGUGGCCACCAAAGCUCUAGCAGCAAAAACUCAAUUAAAGGCAGAGGUCAAAGAGGUCACCAAAGUUAAAACUGUGGUCACCAAAGUCCCUCUGGUCAAAUCAACGGUGAACAAAGUAGUGAAGAAUGUGGUCGAAAAGGUUUCUAUGCCGAAGAAAGAAGCUCCUACAUCUGUCCCUGUCCGGCCAACUCCACCCAGACCCACGAAAUCCAAGGUGGUGGUGGACACUAAUGUCAAAUCCCAGCACAAACCUUUCCCACCCUUUGGCAAGACUGCGCUGAGUGGAACUUCAGUCCCAGCGAAGAAAAUUACCAACGGUUAUCAACAGGAUGUAGACACUGAAUAUUCCGAGGCUGGCCACACCCCUACAGAGACUGAUUAUUACUAUGAGGAGACGGUCCCACUGCCAGAGGGUGAGGUGAUUGGACAAGAAGAGGUCCCUGUACAGCCCCAGGUGGAGCCAUCGUUGGUAGGAGAGGAGGUAGAUGUCACCAAGGCAGGCGGUGUGGGCGAGGAGGCCUUCACCGAGGAGUAUGUGACUGGGGACGUGGGCCUUAAGGAAUACGACUAUUCCUACAGGGACUACAAUGAGCCAUUACUGGAGACUGGAGAGGGCGAUGCCAACAUGGGCCCCGCCCUGUCCGCUGUGACAGACGAGGGAGGCGCUGCCGUCAGAGGCCAGAAAGGAGAGAAGGGAGAACCUGCUGUCUUGGAGCCUGGUAUGCUGAUUGAAGGACCUCCAGGACCUGAGGGACCUGCUGGUCCUACUGGCCCCCCUGGCUCUUCUGGACCUCCUGGAUCUGUCGGUGACCCUGGCGAGAGGGGUCCUCCUGGUAAGGCUGGUCUGCCUGGAGCUGAUGGAGUCCCAGGACCUCCUGGAACCUCAGUCAUGCUGCCUUUCCGUUUUGGUCAGAGUGGAGGAGAUAAGGGUCCUGUCGUUUCUGCACAGGAAGCCCAGGCAGCAGCCAUCUUGUCUCAGGCCAGGAUGGCUCUGAAAGGACCUCCUGGACCAAUGGGAUUCACUGGACGCCCAGGACCCCUGGGAAAUCCCGGAAGUUCUGGUCUGAAGGGAGAGAGUGGAGACCCCGGUCCUCAGGGCUCCAGGGGACCCCAGGGUUUGAUGGGCCCUCCAGGCAAAGCAGGAAGAAGAGGCCGUGCUGGAGCUGAUGGUGCCAGGGGAAUGCCAGGAGAGCCUGGAACUAAGGGUGACCGUGGUUUUGAUGGCCUUCCUGGUUUGCCCGGUGACAAAGGACACAGGGGUGACUCAGGAGCAAUGGGACCCCCAGGACCUCAAGGAGAGGACGGAGAGAGGGGAGACGACGGAGAUGUUGGACCCAGGGGUCUCCCAGGUGAACCAGGACCUCGUGGUUUGCUCGGACCUAAAGGUCCUCCUGGAAUCCCUGGACCUCCUGGUGUACGAGGAAAUGACGGGCCCCACGGUCCCAAGGGAAACUUGGGUCCCCAAGGAGAGCCAGGACCUCCAGGUCAGCAGGGAACGCCAGGAACUCAGGGAAUGCCAGGACCUCAGGGACCCCUCGGACCCCCAGGAGAGAAAGGUCCCACAGGAAAACCAGGUCUGCCAGGAAUGCCUGGAGCUGACGGCCCUCCUGGUCACCCAGGAAAGGAGGGGCCUUCUGGCACCAAAGGAAACCAGGGUCCCAACGGUCCCCAGGGAGCUAUCGGCUAUCCUGGCCCUCGUGGCAUCAAGGGAGGUCAAGGAAUCCGUGGACUGAAGGGCCACAAGGGAGAGAAGGGAGAAGAUGGUUUCCCUGGAAUUAAGGGAGAUUUUGGUGUUAAGGGAGAGAGGGGUGAGCUUGGAGUAUCGGGGCCCAGAGGAGAGGAUGGUCCAGAGGGGCCAAAGGGUCGCGUCGGACCCCCUGGUGAGAUCGGACCAAUUGGACUUGUUGGAGAGAAGGGUAAACUUGGUGUACCUGGACUUCCUGGAUAUCCUGGAAGACAAGGACCCAAGGGAUCUCUUGGAUUCCCAGGAUUCCCUGGCUCAAACGGCGAGAAAGGAACAAGGGGUCUUAGUGGCAAAUCAGGGCCAAGAGGACAAAGAGGACCAACGGGCCCCAGAGGGCAGAGAGGGCCGAGGGGCGCGACUGGGAAACCAGGAGCAAAGGGAACUUCGGGAAGUGAUGGCCCUCCUGGUCCUCUUGGAGAAAGGGGAUUGCCAGGGCCUCAGGGAGCCAAUGGUUUCCCCGGACCAAAGGGACCUCCUGGACCACCAGGAAAGGACGGGCUGCCUGGACACCCUGGGCAGAGAGGAGAAGUUGGUUUCCAAGGUAAAAUGGGUCCACCUGGGCCUCCUGGAGUCGUUGGACCUCAGGGUCCAUCAGGAGAGACCGGCCCCAUGGGCGAGCGCGGCCACCCUGGACCCCCAGGUCCACCUGGAGAGCAGGGACUUUCUGGUCCCUCAGGGAAGGAGGGCACAAAGGGAGACCCUGGACCCCCUGGAGGCCCCGGUAAAGAUGGGCCCCCAGGACUGAGAGGCUUCCCUGGAGAGAGAGGACUGCCUGGAACCCCUGGAGGUGGAGGACUGAAGGGAAGUGAAGGACCUGCCGGACCUCCUGGACCUGCUGGGUCUCCUGGUGAGAGGGGACAAGCUGGUACUGCUGGACCUGUUGGACCUCCUGGCAGACCAGGCCCUCAGGGGCCUCCUGGACCCGCUGGAGAGAAGGGAGUUCCUGGUGAGAAAGGCCCUAUUGGCCCGGCAGGUCGUGAUGGAGUGCAGGGUCCCGUGGGUCUGCCUGGCCCUGCCGGAUCACCUGGAGUACCCGGAGAGGACGGAGACAAGGGUGAGGUUGGAGAGCAUGGUCAGAAGGGCGCCAAGGGAGGAAAAGGCGAGCAUGGUCCUCCUGGUCCACCCGGGCCAAUGGGUCCUGUUGGUCAGCCUGGUCCUGCUGGUGCUGAUGGAGAGCUUGGACCAAGGGGCCAGCAGGGGCCUUUUGGAGCUAAAGGUGACGAAGGAACCAGAGGAUUCCCAGGAGCCCCGGGACCCAUCGGACUGCAGGGAUUGCCAGGACCACCAGGUGAGAAGGGAGAGACAGGAGAUGUUGGACCUCUGGGUCCUCCAGGCCCCCCCGGACCCCGUGGCCCUGCUGGACCCAACGGUGCUGACGGUCCUCAAGGUCCUCCUGGUGGUUUGGGUAAUCCUGGACCUAUUGGAGAGAAGGGAGAGCCCGGUGAGGGCGGACCACCUGGAAUCGGAGGGGAGCCAGGAAAGAAGGGUCCUCGUGGAGAGCGCGGGGAGAAGGGAGAGGCCGGGCAACCUGGAACUGCUGGACCUGCUGGAGGCCGAGGACGACCUGGAGACGACGGACCCAAAGGAAACCCUGGUCCUGUUGGUUUCCCUGGUGAUCCUGGCCCCCCUGGUGAGGUUGGACCCAGAGGUCAAGAUGGCGCCAAGGGAGAGAGAGGAGAAGAUGGUGAACCAGGAGAAUCUGGAUCCCCUGGUCCUCCUGGUGAGAACGGACCUCCCGGCCCCCUAGGAAAGAGGGGUCCUGCUGGAACAAGAGGACCAGAGGGACGUCAGGGGGAGAAGGGAACUAAGGGAGACCCAGGUGCUGUCGGCCCCCCAGGAAAAACCGGCCCUGUCGGCCCCCAGGGUUCACCAGGAAAACCAGGAACAGAGGGUCUCAGAGGACUCCCCGGAUCAGUGGGUGAGCAAGGAUCUCCAGGACCUUCUGGACAGAAAGGACCACCUGGUCCUAUUGGACCUCCUGGUUUGCCUGGUCUGCGGGGAGACCCCGGUGCCAAGGGAGAGAAGGGACACCCAGGUCUUAUCGGUCUCAUUGGACCCCCAGGAGAGCAGGGAGAGAAGGGAGACAGAGGUCUGCCUGGGCCUCAGGGAUCCUCCGGAUCAAAGGGAGAGACUGGAAUGUCUGGAGGCACCGGACCCAUCGGCCCUGCUGGUCCUCCUGGUCUGCCUGGUCCUCAAGGUAUCAAGGGAGCUAAGGGUUCUUCUGGAGGAGCUGGUCCAAAGGGAGAAAAGGGUGUACAGGGACCUCCCGGACCUCCUGGCCCACCAGGCGAGGUCAUUCAGCCCCUGCCCAUCCAGAGGAGCCCCAAGUCCAAGCGUUCCAUCGACGCCAGCCAGCUGCUCCCCGAGACCGACUCCGACAUGCCUGCAUCUGACGCCACUGGUGCUGAGUUCCUGAUGGGCAGUGAAGGCAUGGAGGAGAUCUUCGGCUCUCUCAACUCACUUCGACAGGAGAUCGAGACCAUGCGUUUCCCUCUGGGCACCCAGGACAGCCCUGCCCGCACCUGCCAAGACCUGCACCUCAGCCAGCCAGACCUCAAAGACGGAGAGUACUGGAUUGACCCCAACCAGGGCUGCUCCAGAGACUCCUUCAAGGUCUUCUGUAAUUUCACUAAUGGAGCAGAGACGUGCCUGUACCCCAGCAAGAGCAUCGACACGGUGAAGAUGAGCUCCUGGGACAAAGAGACUCCAGGAUCCUGGUACAGUCAGUUUGCCACUGGUAGUAAGUUCUCCUACGUGGAUUCUAACGACGAGCCCGUGGGCGUGGUCCAGCUGGGCUUCCUGCGUCUCCUGAGCGUCCAGGCCCGCCAGAACCUCACCUACCACUGCCACCGUUCGGUGGCCUGGGCCGACCAAAGCGCCAAGAACAGCUACGACAGGGCGCUGCACCUCCAGGGUGCCAACGAGGAGAGGCUGAGCUACGAGACCAACCCCUACAUCAAAGCCUUGGUCGAUGGCUGCUCUUAUCGUAAGGGCUUUGACAGGACAGUCCUGGAGAUCAACACACCACAGGUGGAGCAUCUUCCUCUGCUGGAUAUCAAGGUGUCAGACUUUGGGGAGAGCAACCAGCAGUUUGGCUUUGAAGUGGGACCUGUCUGUUUCCAAGGCUAAAAAUGCACACAUACACACAUCUUGCAAAGAACAACACAUGCAAAUACUCACGCACACACACACACACACACACACAUGCACUUAGAAACACACUUAUAUAUAAUAAACAUACAUGCCCAGUAAUUUGUAAAUUAACUUGUAAAUGAUAUGAAACACACACACAAACCCACAGACACACUUACACACGCAAAUGCUGUUGUGAGACAAACACGCACUCACACUCAAGUACGUGCCUGGGGAAAGCAACAUCCUCCCAACAAUUAAUGGACGUCAAAAAAAAAAAGUAAAGAGAAGAGAAUUAAAGAACUCGCGGAGAGGAGACCAUCGUUUGGGCGCACGACCGCGAGAAAGGAAGAAAAAACCAGGAGAGAGUUUUCUUCAGAAUAAAACAGUGUUUUCUUCACCAGCAUCGAAAGGGGCCGGCCUGAGAAAGAGGGCAAGCCGGCGACUUGAGGCCUGAAGCCCCCCGUCUCCGAUCCCCCCCCUCACUCUUCUCUCCUCCCCGCUGUCUCUCUUUUUUUCCACUCAUCUCACCUGCUCUACCUCCCCCCUCCUCCUCCUCCUCCUCCCAAAAAAGGGUCACACUUGGACAUUAUUUCCAUUUCUUUAAUCCCACGUUCACACUGUGAGCAACGUGGUUGACGGUCACUCUUUUAUGUCUGCGUUUAUGAUGUUUUGAACAGUUAAAUCGUGUGUUUUGGUUCACGGCUUUGGCGUUUGUGGAGCAUUUAAUCCUUUAGUCAUUCAGGUAAAAAGAUGUUGAGAAUUGAACGUUUUGAAUCAACUUUUUAUCCGUUUGUACUUGCCAGCCAGAACAAAUCGAAUCAAAACAGUAGACACCAAACUCUGACCAGACAAUGACGACAAAUGUUCAGCGGUGGCCGAUACAAACCUCGGGGCUAACUCAUCUGGUCGUCUAGUUCUGUAAGAACUGAAUGAAAGUCCAGUGACUUGUCAGUCAUGUUGCUCACAUUGAAGAGUAACUCUCAGCUCUUAUCUUAUUACAUCAAAAGGAACCAAAGAAUUAAGCCACCAGUUUCCACCCAGAAUAAAAAGAGGGAACUGACCAAAUGAUACCAGCUGGGUCUUGCUUGUUAGAUUGAUCUGUUUUUUUGUCUUGUUUGAGCUGCCACCAUGUGAAUUUUCUACUCUUUGUAAUAAUCUCUUCAUGACCACCUUGCAGUUUUAUCAAAACAGUCUAAAAAUGUGAUUCACAGCUCAAACUGAUGAUUGAAAAAUCUUUCUGGUGUUAUGGCAGUGAGGUUACUGGAGUCCAGUGUGACGCAGGAUUUAUUCUUUUUUAAAGUGGACAAUCUUUCCUCAGCCCUGAGAGCAGCGGAAACUCUCUUUGAAUUGUUCAUUUGUUAACGUUGGACAAAACCUGCUGCAUGCAGUGAGGCAGGAUAGAAGAUGUGUCGAUACCUAGAUCAGUGAAUUUAAAAGCCAUGAUUUUUGUAAACUGUGCUAAACUUAAUGCUAUUGUACUUGCAUGUGCCUUGAUUCUUCUUUAAAUCGUGGAUCAGGCUACCAGGGUUGCUACCACACACCAGUCCAGUAUUUACUGAGUCACUUUCUGUGUACUUUGAUUAUUGUUUUCCAUCCAGAACACAUUUUCUGAUUUUGCAUCCAAGCACAGAACAUCAUCAGGGUUUAAAUAUGUAUAUGAGAUUAAAGGUUCCCUCCUUUUUUCCUACAGCAGUGAAUAAAAUGCAUGCUUUACUAAAAGAAACUGUGUGGCAAGGUGCUAAUUAUACCAAAGCAUAAGAGUUUUAGUCUUUGAGGCCUUCAUUUUCUUUAGUCUCUUUUACAAUUUCAUAAAGUUUUUACUGGGGAAAAUGUGCAUUACAUUCCAUUUGUACAGAAAUAGUGAUAUUCUAUUGUAUUUAUUUAAAACAAACAGGGUGCUUUGAAAUUUAAAAAAAAAAAAAAGGACCACCAAAUAUUCCAUUCAAAUGUGGUAUAUUUCAUUUGUAUUUAUUUCCUGUAGCUGACACUUGAAGGUCAAGUGAAGCGAGUGACUUGCAUGUUAAACUCACUGCCAGCCUGAGUUAUGGUGCUUCUGUUCACGCCCUGUCCAAACUCCUUUUGUAGAACCAAAGAAUCUGUGGCCAUAUUUUAUUGUAAUAUCCCUUUUUAGUGUUUUCAUCAACUGUACUGUGCUGUUAAAUUUUGCUUCCACUGUAAUAAUUAAAUGGUGACUCUCCAGUUCUGUCACAUUUCCUUGUCGUUGCUACUGUUUGACUUGCCGUAUAUUGGUUUCAGGCUCAGGUUAUUGCUUCGCUGGGCUUUGAAAUGCAUCAUAGAAAUACAGUUUACUGAGUCAUUGCUACAAAAUAUUGACACACAAUCCUGUGAUGUUUUAAAUUUCUAUCUGAGACCACAGCGGGUAGGAGAAAGGUUGUGAGAGGGAGGGGACAACUCUGGGGUGAUAUCAUACUAGGGUUCUGGUUUUAUUUGUUUGUUUUUUAGUCUUUUUUUUAAUAUAGCAGGGAAAUGGGGCGGGAUGGCCAAAAACCUAAAAAUUCAAGAAUCUGACCUUGAGAUUCUCCAGAGAGAAUGACCUCAAAUAUUUGUUUGUUUUUAUUGUGUUGAAGACGAACGUUUCAACAUAAAAAAUAUGGUGCUGAAAAGAGAAAAAAGUAUUAUUUUAUAAUGUGUGUAAGUAAUUUUCUAAAAUUCUUGUUUCUGUAAUAUAUAAUCUUUUUAAAAAGA